UGUGGCUGUACACUACUAGCCUUUUCUGAUUGCUUCGACGUGACUUGUUCCAGUGUAGGCUCAAUAAUAGGGACGCACAAAGGACAAAAAGAUGACAUUCACUUAUUCACCCAUUUAGGCUGGCCUGCGGUGGAACCUACCAGCAAGCCGGAGAUUGCGUUUGCCUACCUCCUUGAAGUCAUUUUCUCCUUUCUGGCCCCUUCAAAUAAUUCUAGCCUGAGUCGAAAUCUCUGCGGCACUUUCUAAGAUAACAACCCUAUUUGCAAGUCACAAAUCCCAGAAGGCUUCCCAGCAUUCAGGAUUGAGCACACCCAGCAAGCUCCUCUCAUCUCCCGAAGACUUCUAAGAAGCUCACAUAUCACAUACCAGACAUGAGGCUCCUUGUUGUGACUUUUAUAGUCCUGUUAUCUAGUGUCUGCGCGUUGCGCCUUGCUGUCGAUGGAAAAUGCCAGAAAGGCUACACAAUCUGUCAUCCUCCUGGUACAGCUGGAAGCUCUGAAGAUACCGUCCAUUUGUAUCAAAAUUUGGUUGACUCUGUCGAUGAUAUGUCCACUAAAAGGGACGUGACGUUCGAAGCGUCUCUACUCGAAAGAUCUUCCGUUCCUACUUUAUGUUGCGUUCAGUCUAUGCAAUGUCUGCUUCUGAAUAAUGACCAAGUACCAUUCUGCUGGGACCGUUUCACCACAAACGUCUAUUUCGCUGAUGGCUGGUACGGCAGCAUCGCCAACGGGAAUUUUACAUCGCCAUCCGGAAGACGGGUUAAUUUGAUAACAGGUGAAUAUGCAGAUGGCUCUGGAAAUAUUUAUUCUGCGAACCUGGGGGCCAGACCUAACACGGCCACGAUGGACUUGCCGGCUCCUUGGACGAGCAAAGGCGUCGGAAGCGCCAUACCUGCUAGCAUCCUGGGAGCUCCAGCUACGUACACAGUUACAAUUCCCGGGACAACAAGACCUGAGAGCAUUAUUCCUGCUGAAACUGUCGCGGCCACUACUUUGAACGGCACCAGAGUUCCCGGUACAACUGAACCGGCCUCGACGAUUGAUGGCACGACAGUCGCCGCUCGAGUAACCACUGUCACGGAGACACCCGCUGCUACCCAGACACACCGUGGAACCGCUGUUCAGUUCCAUCCUCAGUUGAUCCCGGCGUUUGUCACUGCUGGUCUAAUGCUGCUCCUUUCAAUGUAGUGACAGUUUACGACUGGUAUUCGUCUCGACCAUGUCGGUAGAAAGUGUAUCUUCUUAUGGCUGUACGCAAAGACACGUGUCUUUGCGGGUCUUUUUUUCUAGUAUAUCCGAGGAUUAUAAUAGCUAAUGAGAAUAAUCUGUCGAAGCUUUCUCCUUGCACUGCAGUUAAACUCUGGUUGUUUCGGAGGAAAAGUAAAACCAUACCUCUUUUUUACCCCUCACGGCCAGAUGGUGAUUCAUCUUUGUUAGAUUUUUAAGAACUUCACAUGGAAAAGGGUGUGACUUGUUCUUCCUAGCCAUUGAGAAAUGCCAGCCAAGCUGCU